UCGGGUUGUAUUACGUGAAAAUUGAUAAUCGGGUGAACGUGUUGCAAUACGGUUUCUACUUUUUGUUGUUUAUUUACAAUAACGCUGUAGAAUAUGGACAACGAAAUGAAUAAUUCAAGCAUUCAAACAUCAGCGGAAAGUCAACCUAAGAUUACUGAGGAUUUGAGCUUUUCAGACCAAACCAAAAUGAGUAUCAAUGAUCCUACAUUAGAGACCCUAGAUAGCCGAACUGUUACUGCUACAGAAUCAACUCCACUUUUGGAGACAGAGCCUGAAGAAGACCAUGGUAGACAUGGAACAAUUGUAUCUUCUAUCUUUACAUUGGUUUCAACCAUGAUUGGUGGAGGCAUUUUAUCACUUCCAUUUGCGUUUCAACAAGGAGGUUUCAUCACAACAUCUUUCAUACUGUUCUUUGUAUUACUGGCUUCAACACAUGGUGGAUUUUUGAUUAUUAACAGCAAGAAAUACUGUCAAGGUAGAAUCAAGAAUGUUGAGGAUGUGGGAAGGAUAGCCUUUGGAUCCAAAGGAGAACUUCUUACACAGAUUGUAUUAAUCAUUACUCUUUUCCUGUGUUCAGUGGCCUACUGGAUUCUCAUUACAGACCAGCUCCAGCCAAUAUUUAUUCUCAUCUGUGGUAGAAAUUCCUUCUGGUCCAAGAAGAUUGUGGUACUUACAAUUCCUGUGUUGAUCGUCUUUCCAAUAACUUUAUUAAAAAGCAUGAAUGCUUUGAAAUUUACAUCAUUUUUAAGUGUCAUCUGUGUGUUGUUUCUUGCUGGGGCCAUAAUACAUCAGUCUUCCGUGUCACAUUUAGGAGGCUUAAUCGAUGAUCCUAAGAAUCCUGUCAAGUGGUGGCCAGAAAACUUAGGAGGAUUUCUAACAUCUGUGUCUAUCACUGGGUUAACAUUUUCCUGCCAUUUUAACAUUCUUCCCAUGCACAGUGAACUGCGAUAUCAAACAAGAAGUAACAAAAGAAUCAUACUCUACACAGCUAUGGCAAUCACUUAUACUUUGAAUGUGUUAGUUAGUUUCUUUGGUUACAUGCAGUUUCGCCAGUUCAUAGACCAGGAUAUCACAAAGAACUAUCCUCAUAACAGUGUGGUAUUGACCAUUGGACGAUGUGCAUUAUCAAUGACAUUGCUUCUCAGCUUUCCUCUUCUUGUAUUCCCUUGUAGAGACGUCAUCAAUAGAUUAAUCUGGAAGGAACAUUCUCCUGUGUUGAUGUCCAACUCUGUUUMUCGUACGAUGAGCUACAUAUCAAACAUCACAAUAACUGGGCCAUCUCGUCUUGUAUGGUUCACGGAAACAGCCUUCUUGGUAUUUGUUAGCUACGUGCUGGCUUAUUAUAUUCCACAGGUCGCUAUGGUGUGGGGAUUCGUUGGUGCUAUCGGCACCACUCUAACAAUCUACAUCCUUCCACCGGCCUUCUAUCUUCGUGUUAGGAUCCACCCACCACGGCCCGACCUCAAACAAUUAGCAGCUUGGGGUUUAAUGAUCAUAGGAUUUAUUGUCCUUAUGGUUUGUACCUAUCAGUCCGUAGUGAAUGUCGUACAGCCUAUCCCAAAAAUACUACCAUUAAAUUCAGACAAUGUAACGGUUUCUCUCCAUCAAGGUUUAUGAUGUUAUAUUACUAAAGGACCAAAUAGUUACAUUAUUCUACAUUAUUCCCGAUGAUGCCACUCAACAAGUCGGUAUAGUACGCACUAUACAGUGCAGUGUGCGGAAAACAAUAAUAAUAAUAGUCUCAAAGCUUCUAGCUUGGCACACAUUAAAACAACCCUUGCACGGACGAGGUACAGGAAGAUCCGUCUACUGAAGCAGAAAACUGGGACAGCAAAUUUUUUACUAAUCAUAUUGAUGGUUUGCCAGCAAUCCCAAGAGAGUUAAAAGACAAAAACAUGGCGGCCAUUGUGGUACCGUUAACAAUGGAUGCUAGUGAGAAAUGUUUUGAUAAAUGGUACCAACAUGGCCGCGAUGACGUAACGUGCAAACGAAGAAUAGCGGGUGGAGACCAUUCAUCAUCCAAUUCUACUGAUUACUUAAUCACCCGGGGGGGGGGGUACUCCCCUAUAUUCGCUA